GAAUUUUACUGCCUGGUGAUAACCUUUACAGAACAACCUGAAGGAAGUGAUGGUGAUUAUUAUGAAUUAUAGUGAUACAGAGGUAAAACACAGGAUUCAGACAUUUCCUAGGAGCCCAUGGAGAGGAAGACAUCUGGAUGUCUAAUUGCGAUGUCACGCAGUGGCCCAAGUCUCCCCAGAAGUCAUAGACUGGUCUAAGUCCUACUUCAGGGAAGGCUUUUUGAGAUAAAGGAGUGUAUAUAAUAUAAACACACACAUAUCUCAAUAAAAGACAAAGUGUGGGAGCAAAGAGAAGGAAACAAAAGUGUCAAAGCCUAAAACUGGUGUGGGUGGGAAUGAGAAAAAAUUGAGUGGAAGUGAAGAGAAAGAGGAACAGAGCAGAAAAAGAUUGAGUCAAAGAAGAAUGUAUUAAAAAGGGGGGGGGAGAGAAUAGAAGAGAAAAUAAAUAAUUAUAGUUUGUUAAGUGAGAGGAUUGAUUCUAUGGGAAGUGGAUGUGUUAACCAGGACCACAUAGGAAUGCAUGAGUUGGGUAACAUUUUUCUUCCUGACCUCCUAAGCAAAUCACAAGACCAAUUUUUAAGCAGUCAGUCAUAACUGGGUGCUCAGGUUUUGCACCCCGAUGAAAAAGUAGACUGCAGAUCAAAAGUAUUGACUAAUCUCUCUGUAGUAGGAAGUGUUCAGUUAUUUUCUCCAGUCAUGAUCAUAGCUGCCAAGUUUUCCCUUUUCUCGCGAGGAAGCCUAUUCAGCAUAAGGGAAAAUCCCUUUAAAAAAGGGAUAACUUGGCAGCUAUGGUCAUGAUAUGAAGUUUGCCUCAAAAUCUGAUCUAAACCUAAAACAAACAAGAAAAUACAUCAUGUUGCCAUGUCAUAUCCUUGCCAUUCGGCUACAUUUUUUAGCCAGCCUAUUCUGACUUGGGCUACCCCCAUUUCUAACUGUGACAACUUAGGUUCUUAACUAUUAGAUUUUUGUCUGUACAGCUUGUCUUCUCUAGGCAUGGUUCUGAGGUUUUCUCACUGGAAAAACUUUCAUGGGGCAGAAAGAGACUAUAAUAACAAAGUUGUCACGGAUGAUAAACCGCUUCACACACAGUUCCUCAAGGGUAUAAUUACUUUCAAUCGCCAUCCCAUUCCUAUUAUUUUGUAUUCUUUAACCUUUAUAUAACCAGCAGCAUUAAACCAUUUUCGGUCAGUAGUCUGAACUUUGUUCAUUGGUUUGAAGAAUUGAUGGAUACUGUUACAUUGUAGACUCAUGGUAUUUAGCAAGUGACAUAUUUGUGCUCUGUAAUACUAACUAAGGUAGAAAAUAGAUUUCUGCAUAGUUUCUUCUGUAGGACUUGGAAUGUAUUUCUGAUCCCAAAUCCCAUCUUGUCUAUGCUGUUUACUGAAGCCUAAAGAAAAAGAUGUGAGUGUGCAUUGCCACACAGUGGCCUUGGUGUUAUUAAGGAGCUGAUACAAGUCCUCCUGUCUGUGGAAUGGCAUUUAGCAAAUGCAAGGAAUGCUAAAUGGCAGAUUCAAAAGGAAUUUUGCAGGCAUUGCUACACUGUGAAAUGAAGAAAAGUUAUAUGUUUGGCUCCAGGAAUAGUCUGCAGGCACAUAAUGCCUAUCCACAGUCAAGCAGUUCUUGCCCUGUGAGCUGCCUGGAUGAGAGACUGCUUGAAAGCCAUAAGUAAGUCACCCUUUAGAAAAGGUAAAGGUAAAGGGACUCCUGACCAUUAGGUCCAGUUGUGACCGAUUCUGGAGUUGCGGCGCUCAUCUCACAUUAUUGGCCGAGGGAGCCGGCAUACAGCUUCCAGGUCAUGUGGCCAACAUGACAAAACCGCUUCUGGUGAACCAGAGCAGCACACGAAAACACCAUUUACCUUCCCGCUGUAGCGGUACCUAUUUAUCUACUUGCACUUUGACGUGCUUUCGAACUGCUAGGUUGGCAGGAGCUGGGACCGAGCAACGGGAGCUCACCCCAUCACGGGGAUUCGAACCGCUGACCUUCUGAUCGGCAAGCCCUAGGCUCUGUGGUUUAACCCACCCGAAAAGGAGAAAGUAUCCGAAAAGGAGCAGGGUAUAAAUGCAAUAAAUAAGCAAUUAACAUGUUUACUUGCCCUCAAUAUAUCAUGCAUUAUAUACAAGCUGCCAGAUGGACGUUUCUGCAAAUAAUUUUUUUUAUCUACUGAUAAAAAGCAACAGACGGGAAUAAUGGUGUCCAUUUCUAACUCUUAUGAGUUAAUCUAUACUAAGAACUGUGAAAAAUCAGCAGUUGUCUUUGCAAAGUAGAGACAUAAUGUAGCUAGAAAAUUUGCCUAAACACACAAACAACUGUCAGAAACUGCAUAUGGUGUCAUCAGCAUGCACAUACCUAUUAAUUUACCUAUCUAUUUACUUAACAUUCUUGCAGUACUGAGGACAGCAAUACAGCCUACAGGAAAUUAUGGUGGAGACGGUAAAGGAAAGCUGACUGUAGAAAAGUAUCAUGAUGUGUUAUGGGAAACCAAACAUUCAUGGAUUUCUGUUGCUAGUCAAAUGCAUUAAGGUUAGCAGUGACAUGAACAAAAUCUUUGAUGCCUUGUCGUUCUGGAUGCAUUCAGAAAUGAAAUAAAACAGCUAAACUGGCAUUACUUACUCAGCUUUAAGUUCUAGUAAGAGAGAAGGGUACUGAAAACAAGGUAGGGAAUGUGGACCAAAAAAUUACUGGAUGGCUUCAUAACCUUUUCCUGAUUUGUGGAAGAAGGAUUGCAGAAUUCAGUCGUGCCAAGAUCACCAUGAUAUAAAAAGUAAAAGUAAAACCUCCAACAACUUCUACUAUUGUCCCUUGAUGGAAGCACUUGCAAGUCUUCAUCUCAAAAGGUGGUUGCAUUUGUACAUCAUGGAAGGAACAGGUAUUGGAUGCUAGACAAAGGCCAGGGGAUUCUCAGAUUUGUAUAGGUCAAAGAUGUGUGGCCCUUCAGAUAUUGCUGGACUAUAACUCCCCUAAUCCCCGACCUUAGGCUAUGCUAAUUGAGGAUGAUGUAAAUUGGAAUGCAUAGCAUUAGGAGGGAAGGCCAGAGGAGUGGCUGCAGCUCUGUCUCCUAUAAUAGCUGGUUCCUCCCUCAGAGUGAAGCUGUAAUCAGAAAUAAAAGCUGCCAGUCAGGAACAUGGUUAUCUGAGGACAUACGGUAUCUUUAUAAAACCUUCUGGUGCUUCUGCUUUGACUACUAUAGGCAGUUGUGGAAGAUGAUCCUCUAAGAACAAGAAUGGUGUAACAUAGAAUUAUGAGACACCAAGCAACUCUGCUGCAUACUGACAGCCAAAAUAGAAAGUAGUUUAGCCUAACCUGACUACAGAGAAAAUAGCUUUAUUAUGUAAAAUAUGGAAAUACAACAAGACUAAAGUGACUAGGAAGAUGGAGUCUCAUGUUAGUGAAGAAAGCAGCUCUAGAAUGUUUUGCUUCUCCUCAUGAAAAAUACUAGGAAUAUAUUCUCUUCUUCAGCUCAGUUUUCAGUAAUAUGUUGAACAGUUGGGUUUUAUGUCGGCAAAAUGGAAAUCUAGUUUGAAACCAAUGCUAGCCUGCAAUUAUAAAAUUAUAGCUCAUCCUUUACAAAUCAUUAUCUUAAUGCAAAUGCCUUUUGCUUUAAAAUGUUAUGAGUAGGACUUCACUGAACUUUAGGCUCUAAUUUAUCUAUACAAAAAAUACAGACAUCUCUGUAUUUUCAAGGCCGUACUAAGCCAAGCAACACCACAAAGAACAAGAUAUAUUAUUAUUAUUAUUAUUAUUAUUAUUAUUAUUAUUAAAGCAAGUAACAUUGGUUGAUUAGAUUUCUGGCAGGCUUUUGUGUUAUUUGGAGGUCUGGGGAAAUUUCCCAUAUGGAUUAACCAAUUCAUUAUAAAUCUUGGGAUAAAGUGUUCAUUGGAUUCCUAAUACAUGCCCAGAGUGUAUAAACCCUAGAAACAUGGGGAACAAUGUUCCUCUUCUUAAGAAGUGGUUUCUUGUGGUUUUUGUUUGUUUGUAGAUAGUGAAGGUUUUCAAAUAUAGACACUGUGAAAGUUCAACAUUAAGACACUUCUUUUUGGAAGCUAAUUGUUCAUAGGUUCAAAUUCAUUUUGUAACCUCAGCAAAGAAAAAGAAUGAAUUUGUGAUUUUAACCAUUCUUUCCCUCCUCUGUGUGUGGCAAAAAACACAGACCAGCAUUGUGUCACUCUGUCCCUAUCUGCAUUCCCCCCCCCCCAACCAUUGGAAGGUCAUGUACAAUGAAACUUAACUGCCAUGUUUUCUUACUCCCCAGCCCCCGGUGACCUAAACCCUUCAUGGAUUUUUUUGAGGCAUGUAUUUCAGAUAUCCCCUGAAUCUGCAUACAUAGAUGGCUGGGUCUCUAACUCGUGCAAAGCCUGUAGAUUCCAAAGAGGCAUGGACCUUGUUUUGAGUGGCAUGUGGGCUAAAAGCAUCUUGGUCAUAUUUUAUUUUAUCAUCUGGACUUCCUAUUCUUAAUGCUGACCCUAAACUGUAGCAUUCUGGUCUUAGAUAAUUUCAUCUAAUGUAUGAAGCACAGACAGACCUAACCAAAGCCAAUUAAAAUUUUUACCCCCUUUUUUUUGGGGUGUCAGUUCUCACAAUGAGAUAAUAUAUUUACCAGAACUUGAGUUGUUACUAUUGAAUACUAUUUCCAGUGGAUAAAAUCCCUUUCUUUGGCAACAGGAAGUGAAUCAACAAUUCUCAUAGUUCAGUAAAAAUGUUGUAACAGUACUAAGAAAACUACAGAAUACAAGGUUGGACCAGUGCUGUUAAAACAUAUAUGGUUUAUGAGCCCAGCCUGGCCCACGAAGGAUAUUCUGUCCAUUCUACAGCUGAUUAAAGCGAAUGCCAUUGUAGAAGAAGGAAAGAGGACCCCUUCCUAACAGUUUUAUUAAAAUCAGUUGUCACUUUUUUAUGCACCUAGUGCUGGUGAAGAAAAUACAUUCUUUGCCUGCUGAAAGGCACUUCCUUUUCCCAGUCCCUAGGCAUUUGUUUAGUGAUGAGUUCAACCCCCAACUCACAUUAGUGGACAGAUAUUUGGUGGAGAUAAAAAUAUAUAUGAACAGUUACAGAAAAAUGAAAAUUUAAAUAUAGGAAUAGGAAAUUUAGAGAAAUGGGAAAUAGGGCUUACACCCAGAUAAGUGGGAUUAUGAUUGCAACAAAAGAGAGGAGAUAUUUGAAUUGCAUUUCACUUUCAGAAAAAUAGUCUUCUGAUUGAAAUAUUUAUCUCCCUUGUCUUAUGGCUUAAAAGCAGCUUUGUUCAACCUGAACUGAUGGAGAGGAUGUUGGAUUUUAAGCACACUUUGGUGCAUAUUUAUUCUUUUUGAGACGGUUCAUCUUUCUUAAUCUUCAGAACAGAAGGGAAGAUCUGUUUAUUAGAAGAGGUGCAACUGAAGCAAGGAAUAAAAAACCAGGAUGGAAUUUACUGUCUUCUAUUAAACUGUCACCUUUCUUUGUAUCUAUGACCUGGGCCCCUCCAUUACAAAUGGGUUUGGAGCUGAAAAAAAGCCUAAUUGCAAUGCAAGGAAGUGUCCAAAGUCCCAAAUCUGAUUGAGAUUUAAGGGAAUACAGUCUUCUUUAGGCAGUAGAUCCUUAUAAGUGGAUCUGAAGGAAACCCCGUUUUCUCAGCCUUGAGAUAAAAGGGGGCUUUUCAUAAAUUACAACUUAUUUAUGUAUCUGUUGUAGUUUUUAAAAUACAGUAUGUUGUAUCUCGAUUAAUCUAUUAUCUUGCUUUGCUACCUACACAGGAGCAUUUGCUGUUUAACUAGUAUAUAGAUUGAGCUUGCAACUGUGACAGCUACGGUAUAUCCUCCACCACUUCAGUGUACUUGAGUCAUUUUGUAGUUUUGGGCUAGAAAACUGGCCGUUCAAGUACUGUAAGUGGUUUUGCAGAUGAUGAAAUAGAAAAAAAAUGUUUUUAAAACUGUUCCUAAAGAUGCAGAGUGUUUUAUACCCCUCACGUUGCUUGUCUGCUGUGAAGCUCUUCAUCUCUCUUUCAGCAGUAUUAUUCCGAAGGCGUUCUUCUGGCCACAGAGUGCAUCUUCCUCUCUCGGUUUUCUGUUUUCCCCACCUGCCCGCUAGCAAACUGCCCGCCUUUCACUUUCUGCCUCCUGCGUCCUAGCUGUGGCCAGGAGAGUUAGUUAGGUGCUCUACUGCUCUCGUCUGCUGGAGCUUUAUGCGCGCGGCUUCCAUCCUCGCUGGCUUUCCCUUAAUCUGUCGUUCGAUGGUGGAGUAGUUUUGCCUGGACCCGUACCCUGAUCGCUUCGUGGGUUUUGCUGCAAUCUCUCUGGGCCUGUGGAUUCCUCCUGGUUCGGCUGGGCCGGCUUCUCUUGGGUUGACUCGGCGCUCGACUACUCCACCUGAUCGCACUCAGUUGGAGUCUCGGCGCUCCGCCGCCCCGCCUGGCUGCCGCCCCGCAUGUGCCGGACCCAAGAUGGCGGCCUCCACCCCCUCGCAGCCCAAAGCGACAAAAGCGGUGGCGGCGCCGCGGCCCCGAGAGGAUGAAGCAAGCGCGGGUCCUCCGCCCGAGGCCGUUAUGGCUUCUGAGGAAGAAGAAGAGAUGGUCACUGCAGAGAUGGGGUCACCACCCCUCCAGAAGAAAAGUUCUCUGGCUGGGUCAUUAGACCAUAUACCUAACAGAAUAGGAAGCUCACUCUCUCCUGAACCUUCUAGCAAUAAGGCAGAUUCCCAGGAUUCCAAAACACCAAACCUCACAACAUGUGAGGUCUGUGGCAUCUGCUUCGAGACCCGCAAGGGCUUGUCCAGCCAUGCCCGUUCUCACUUACGUCAGCUCGGUGUGGCUGAGUCUGAGAGCAGCGGAGCCCCCAUCGACUUGCUCUAUGAACUGAUGAAGCAGAAGGGCAAAGUGGACAGUGGCCCCAUCUCUCCAAGUCUUAGCAAAAAAUCUGCUUCUCCCAAAGAAGGGACUGCAGGGUCCUCACAGCCAACAUUGCUGCCUCUCAACAAAGCUACGGAACGGCCGCAAGAGGCACCUAUAAACAAAGCAAUCAAAUGCCCUCCAGGUUUCACCCCCAAGAAUGUUGCCCAGCCAGGAUCUCCCAUACUCAAGAAAGUGACACCUGCUCUGCCUGGUUCUCCUCUGCCAAAGACCCCCGAAGACAAAAGCCCCAAGCUACCGCUGAGCCCUCUGCAGAGUUCUCCUAAAGCACAGUGGUCACAACCGGAGGAAGAAGGCCCCUUAAAUCUAACUGUAGAUAGUGACUCGGGCAGAGAAAUUGACUGCCAGUUAUGUGGUGCCUGGUUUGAAACCAGAAAAGGGCUGUCGAGUCACGCUAGAGCCCACCUGAGACACCUGGGAGUGAGCGAUCCAGAUGCUAAAGGAUCUCCUAUUGAUGUUUUAAAUGAUCUCAUCAAAAGCGAAGACUUCAAAGGCCUCCCUCCCUCUCUCCUCCAUAGUGAGAGAGAAACAUUAGGGGAGACUGGGAGCUCUGAUGGACCCAGCCCAAAGAGCACAGCUACAGCAGCGCCUGCCACAGGCAUGAAACAAGCACACGCACCAAGGCCUUUGGGCAAACAGCCAUCUGUACUCUCACCUCACUCCCCUCCGCCAUCCAAGAAGUUGAAGCCACAUGGCCACAGGCUGUCAGCUGCGGCCAGCCUGCAAAGGAAACAGGGUCUUUCUUCCAGUGCGUAUUGGGCAGCAGAUGCUGAGAUGGCUCCACUCAAUCUCUCCUCUGGAGCAGAACCUGUGCGGGAUAUCAGGUGUGAGUUCUGCGGUGAAUAUUUUGAGAACCGGAAAGGGCUCUCCAGCCAUGCCAGGUCGCACCUUCGUCAGAUGGGGGUAACUGAGUGGUAUGUGAAUGGCUCUCCCAUCGACACCCUCCGAGAAAUCCUAAAAAGGCGAGCUCAGCCUCGGACCAGUACCUCCAACUCCCCAGCACAGGGUCAGAAAUCACUUGCUCCAUCUGUUCUUGGGGGCUCCCUGGAGUCACGCGGUCCAGGGGAGAGCCAUGUGCCUCCCAUGCCUAAGAAGUCACAGCAGCCAGGGAGCCCUUUGGGGCACUCUCCUACCUCUUCUCCCCCAACUGCUAGAAAAAUCUUCCCUGGGCUUUCUUCUCCCUCUUUGCACAAGAAACUGAAACAAGAUCAGCUGCGUAUGGAAAUCAAGCGGGAAAUGAUGUCUGGGGGACUUCAUAAUGAUUCACAUCUAUCUGAUAGAGCUUGGUCACCACGGGAGGAGAUGUCCCCACUCAAUCUCUCCUCUCGUGCUGACCCCGUGCGGGAUAUUCGGUGUGAGUUUUGUGGUGAGUUUUUUGAGAACCGGAAGGGGCUCUCCAGCCAUGCCAGAUCUCACUUGCGCCAGAUGGGAGUAACUGAAUGGUCAGUCAAUGGCUCCCCCAUCGACACGCUACGAGAAAUCAUAAAGAAAAAGAACAAGCCGUGCUUGAUAAAGAAAGAGCCAAGCACAAUGAGCAUUGAGCUUCCACAGCCCAUGGGGGAGGAUGGAGCUGAUCCUAAAUCCCCUGGGAAAAUGCUGCAACCCAUGGCUUUGUCCCCACUGGGCGGGAGGACUGGGAAACCACACCUUGGUCGGGAGGUUAGUCUAUCACCACUCAAGUCACCAGAGGGCUUCUUGGCACCACUCUCCACUAAGCGCCCACUGCCAGAUGAGCGGCUGAGCGGCCACAGUGAAUUGAAGCAGAAAACCUACAUCCAGACGGAAUUGCCAUUCAAAGCCAAGCAUGUGCACGACAAGCCCACUCAUACAUCCACCGAAGCCUGCUGUGAACUGUGUGGCCUCUACUUUGAGAACCGCAAGGCACUGGCCAGCCAUGCUCGCGCACACCUCAGGCAGUUUGGAGUGACUGAAUGGUGUGUGAACGGCUCCCCAAUCGAGACUUUGAGUGAGUGGAUCAAGCAUCGUCCCCAGAAAGCCGGAGCCUAUCGCAGCUACAUCCAAGGUGGGCGGCCCUUCACCAAAAAGUUCCGCAAUGCAUCUCACGUGCGCGACAACGAUGCUUCCGGGAAGAGGGCUCCUCUGAGCCUGCAGGCAGGCAGCCCUCCACUGGCGAACAGAAACCUCGGUGGGGAGAUAGUGCCCAGUGAGCCUAGCAAAGCUGUGGAUGGUGGCAGUGGCAGUGGCCUCAAUGGUGGUGAUCGACCUGCAGUCACGUCACCUCUGUCGCUGGUAAAGAUGGAGGAGCAUCAGCAGCAUAACAUAAACAAGUUUGAACGAAGGCAGGCCAAGCCCGUUGAGGCUCCUCCACCUCGAGAAGAGGAGAUUGCUGAUCUGCAGCAGAAGGUUGAAGAUGUCCGCCAGCCACCUCCCAGAGUGAGACCUGUGCCCUCCUUGGUUCCUAGGCCACCACAGACCUCCUUGGUAAAGUUUGUGGGCAACAUCUACACGCUGAAGUGCAGGUUCUGCGAAGUGGAGUUCCAGGGGCCCCUCUCCAUCCAAGAGGAGUGGGUGCGGCACCUCCAGCGCCACAUCUUGGAGACUAACUUCUCCAAGGCUGAUGCUUUGCGAAGUGGGACCGAUGUGCCUGCGGAACCACCUGUAGCUGAGGCCCAGUAGCAAAGUUCUUAGGAAGCACCAGCAUUCCAGAGUUUCUCUCUUACCUUUCCAGAUGAACAAGAUUAAUGGUUAUCAGAAUGGGGGUGAAAGCAGUAUUUGACACACACCCCCUGUGCUCCACAGCUUUGCCCGCCUGUAGACUUAACUUGGAUUUUGGGUGGGGCAGAGAGUUCGCGGGAACAGUCCCAAAGUUUGAGCACUAAAUUAAUGAUGCUGUUUUUAAUGGAGAUGCUCCUUAUUGAUGGAAGUGGUAUUCCAAACUGGAGCUCGCUUUUAUCUGCACAAAAGUAAAACGGAAAUUUCCUUGUCCUUCCAGUGAAUGCAGGUUUCUCCAAAGACACACACUUGUUACAGGGAGGAAACAUGGACUUGCUCUGUUGCAGUUCAGGCUGUGAGAGAUGUGAUGGUGAGAAUUGUGAAUAUGAGGUUCUAGUGAAAGUUGUGAACAUGAGGAUUUGUUUGAGGUCAGACACAAGCAAGUUGGGAGGGUAGACACAGAGCACUUUGUUCUGUGGGGAAAGCUGUUGAUUCUGUAUGUGACUCUAGAGUUAAUGUAUGUUUGACUCCUUAGGUGACAAGUCCUUAGUUUCUGUAGAUGUUGGAUCCUGUUGUGCAUGUUCACAUUCCCUAACUGCGUAAUGGAGGGUCUCAGUCCCACCUGCAUUGAAGGGGAAAUCAUGGACUCUUUGACCCAUAUACAUUUCCCCUUUCCAUAAGUUCCCAAUGUCACUUGGUCAUCCCCAUCUGUUUCAUGUGGGACCCUGUAGGGAAUUCAGCUCUGCCACGUUAUGGCAAGGAGAUUUUGGCAAAGGAAUAUGGAUUUUUCCUGUCUUUAGCCUUGGGCUGAAGAAUGGGUAAUGAUGUCCCAUAGAUAACCUCUGCCUGAAAUCAGGGAUGACAUUUCCUUCUGGACAAGCAAGUCCUUUCCAAGGGUAUCUGAAGAGUUUGGACUUCUUGCGGGUGGAGGGCCUCUAUGUUUCUUCUUUUUAGCAAGCACUUGGUGCAGUUCCCAAACCAGCAACAGUAGGUCCUACUGGAAUUUCUGCUUUCCUGUUAUUUCUCACUGUUGCUGUCCUCGUCUCUCUUCAUAGAACCUCAACUUUUUAAACUCUAGUUUUGUGUAGAAAUAACAAGCAUUCAUUUUUAUUUGGAUCCCAGGCUGAGCAGAGUCUGGAGGCAAAUUACCUUUUAACUUUUUCAAUGGGCAUAUUCUGGUUAUUACUGUACCUAGGAAUAUGUAUAUUAGAUUAAACCUGUUCUGGAAACAAAAGGAGAAUCCUGAGUGUUGUGCUUUUCUGGUUGUGUACUUACGUGGAAGGUGGAGAAUGUGUUGUGGUUUCUAUAGAGAGGUGUCCCAAGCGCUGCCAGUGGAUGUGGAAGCUGUUUCUUGGAGAAACCUUAGGCUCUAUCACCCCAGGAUAAACUGAAACUAGCAGACUCACUGUCUUGGUAAGAUGUACUGUAAAAGUGUAUUGGUGAAAGAUAAGCUUUUUAAAAAAUUGCUUUAAUUUCCCCUAUGUUGAAUGUAUUUCCCACAUCUCACCACGUCUCUGGCAAUACAGUCUGAGCCCCAACCCAUACAGGACUUACGUAGAACAGAUACUGAAAUCCUUAUAUCAAAGUGUGUCACCACUGUUGCAGGCGCCUAUUCUGCCAUGUACAACUUCUUCCUCUGUUUCUGAUUUUUAAAACAAUUUCUUUUUAUAUGCUUUGGUCUCCCAUAGCAGGCUGAGCAGCAGUCAUAUUAUGAAACCAAAGUCACAACUCUUAAGUUUUUUUUAUUCAGCACCUAUAAUACAGAAGAAUGUCCCAGCGUAAGACAGGAUAACAGCAUCACCAUAUGUCGCACUGGGUUCCUCUUAGACCAAAGCAGGGUUUUAAACCUUGAUUUCAGUCCAGGUAUUCAGUAUGUAAAGGUAUUCCUCACCAUAUCUAACUGGGCCAGUUUCCAGAGCAGGGACUAGUAUGACAAUAUAGUUCCAAAUAUUAUAUAACUCCCUGUGCUAAGAGUUGCCUUCCCAAAACUGUGUGUGAAGGGUGUUACUACACCUGUCACUACUUUAAAUUAAGGGGUAGCAAUAGCACCAUAGCUUUCCAGCUUCAUUCUGACUGUCCUGAAAAAUGGAAGGAGAAGUGGGUAGCACAGUGUGCCUUGCAUGCAACCAUCCCUAUUGCUUUCUUUUAAUCAAAGGCCAUGAAGGAUGCAUGCAUGGUUGAUUCUGCCUUGUUUCCAUUCCCUCUCCCAUUCAAGUUGUGUUCUUCAUUAUCAUAUCUGAUUGAAAAGUAUUCCAUGAUAGUGGUAGCAGGGAAAUGCUGCUUGACAACUUCCAUGUGCCAGACACUAUCUAUGUUCCCCCUGUCUAUUAACUACCAGGAAAGCAUUACACUUCUGCUCUUCUUUGUACAGUGGCUUUCGCUUCUAAGUGCAUUAAAGGCAACUGAAAGCCUCUAGCUUAAAUAAUUGGCUGCUUGAUUCAAAUCAAUAUCCAGCUCUCCCUUAACCCCUUUGGAUUGUCAGGACAGAGUGCUGCAGUGACCUUAGUCACCUCAACAGACAAAUUCGCUUCUAAGGCAGUCUACUGACUGCUUCCAUUAGCCAUCUUGUCUCCUGACCAGGCUGCGUAGUACACCUGUAUCCUCCACCCCCUCCUGAUCUGAGAUACCGUCCCUCCUGCAUACAACUCCUGAUCUUAAACAUUGUGAAAUUUAUUCAGAGUUCCCUUUAUGAUUGGACCCUUGGUGUGUUAAGUUCAUGUCUCAUCUCAAGUUACUUAGCCUUCCUUAAAGUUCUUCAUUGUCAUUCGCUUCCCAACUCUGAGCCUUACCUUCAGCAUUGUAGCCUCAGGCCUCCCUGUUCCUCAGAUUCCUUGUAUCUUGGGACUUCUGCUACCACCUGUCUCCAAGAGAGGUUCUACUCUCCUCCAAACUGACAACAUUCCCCUUCCUCACAGAAGUAGCAAUGCUAGCUGUUUGGUUCCUUGAACAACUGGAAUUGUAUGCCGCCAAUCAACCCAACCAAUCAAUGCCAGAGGUUUCACUGCCUAAAGCACAAUAUAAUCAGUUUGGUUAAACAGUUGCAGUUUUUUAAAUCUACUGAUAGGUUCCCCAGUAAAUUGGUUAGCAGACUGUGAGGGGGAAAGUGAUACAGUACUUUUAAUAAUUUGCUUAGAACUGCAGGCAGCAAGCACCAUUUUAUAAGAAGCAUUCUCCAUUAUGACCAGAAAGAAUGCUGUUUUUAAGAUGUUUGAUAUCAUGUAUGUGUGCAUCAUCUUUAAAACAAAGCAUGUCUUUUGCUUCAGGGAUAUUGUUUUUACAAAUAUGCAAAUUUUCAUUACUUGAUUUAAUCAAGUAAAACUUGUAUAGCCAAUUAAAGGUAAAGGGACCCCUGACCAUUAGGUCCAGUUGCGGACGACUCUGGGGUUGUGGCACUCAUCUCAUUCUAUAGGCCGAGGGAGCCAGCGUAGACAGCUUCCAGGUCAUGUGGCCAGCAUGACUAAGCCGCUUGUGGUGAACCAGAGCAAUGCACGGAAACACCGUUUACCUUCCCACCGGAAGGUAUCUACUUGCCUAUUUAUCUACUUGCACUUUUUGGCGUGCUUUCGAACUGCUAGGUUGGCAGGAGCUGGGACCGAACAAUGAGAGUUCACCCCAUUGCGGGGAUUCGAACCGCCAACCUUCUGAUCGGCAAGCUCUAGGCUCUGGUUCAACCCACAGCACUACCCAUGUCCCUGUAUAGCCAAUUAGUUUACAUUUAUUUAAUUGGGUUGCAUUUGCAACUUUGGAAUCUUUCGAAUUGAUUCCUCCCUUUUGCCAGUCAUAGCUGCCAGGUUUUCCCUUUUCUCGCGAGGAAGCCUAUUCAGCAUAAGGGAAAAUCCCUUUAAAAAAGGGAUAACUUGGCAGCUAUGUUGCCAGUACUCUUGAUAUUCUUUUUUUGGAGUUGAGCCAACUACGUGUUCCUUUGAAAGGGCCUGCCUCACUAAUAAAGUUUGAUGUUCCAGUAGGAAAAGAUCUUAUUCCUGUUAGAGGGUGGGUGGUUUUUUUUGGUAAUUAUUAUACAAGCUGCCCUUUAUUAUGUUUGCUCCAAGAGGCAUUGCAUUCAACCUUUUAUCAAAUUAUCUGUAGAUGGGAAUAAAACUCUUGAAUUCCUUAUCUUAAAGGGGCAAAGCCCAUGAAUUAUGCAUAUAUAAAUAGCUGAGAAGAGAGAUCACAGGGAAAUAUGGAAUUUUCCGUGAGACAGUUCAGGACCACAAUUUUUUCUGAAAAGGCUGUCUGCGCUACUUACAGGGGGGGGGGGGCACAGAAGUUACAGCCUUAUGUUUGUUUAGCCAGGGAGCAUUAUGCUCAUUCAGUCCUUGCAAUCAGAUACUGAUAUAGCCUGUUUCAGACCAUUUCCAAUGGGCCUUUAAUAACAAUUUCACCCUCAAUUGCACCAUAAAAUGUUGGUCAUGAUGUUUCCAAUUUCUUCAAUUUUCAAACAAAGGAACAAUAAUAGGAAACUGACCAUCUAGCUCAGUAGUGUUUUCUACAAGGAGAAACUUGGAACCUUUUGCAGGCAAAACAGAUGUUCUACCACAAGCUAACUUUGUGAUACAAAUGUGUUUUUUCUCAUCUUGUUAAAUGAAGUAAAAACAAGGGUGUUAACUGAGGUAGAGUCGUAUGUACCAGUUCAUGCGACAUUGUGCCACGGUAGGAGACAAUGUUAAUAUCACACUCUAGCAACUUACAUGAUUAACUAUACUUGGAAAUCAAACUCCUUAAUGAGUCUAUGAGAAGGUUUUGGUUUUUUUUGCUAAGGCUUGUACUUUAUUAGAAAUCUGAGAAUAUCCCUUCCCAAAUGUCCUGAUGGAGAUAAAGAUCUUCAAUGAGCCCUUAGCUUAAGAUAAGAUAAAGAUCUUCAAUGAGCCCUUAGCUUAGCCCUCUUCAACACUAAAGGACCCACAUACUAGAAGAUACUAAAAGAUUCACAAUAGCACUAGAGAACUAAGUAUGGCUUACAGUGCAUAGCAAGCUACUGUACAGUGGUACCUCGGUUUAUGAAUGUAAUCCGUUCCUGAAGUCCAUUCUUAAACUGAGGCGUGCUUUUCCUAAUGAGGCCUCCUACUGCCAGCUCUGUUCUUCUUUGGGUGCAGGAAAUUUCAUCAAGGAUGCCAGACUUCUGGAACAGUAGAGUACUUCACCUGGGAGAAAAAUUCCUUGUAGGCUGAAGCUAGAGGCUCGUAGACACAAUACUGUACAAAUUUCUGCCAUAAUCUACAUUAAUGGAAUAAAAGAUAUACGUAAACCAAGGGACAAGGAAUGACUUGCUUUGUCUACUCCCCUGGAGUCAGGACAUUAUGGCAUUUGCAGCAGCUCUGAGACCCUGCAGGAGAAAGAUGAAACAAACCUAUGUUCAUACUAAUGGAGCCACGAGUGGGAGAUCUUGCAAUAGCUUAAACAUAGGCCAAUUUGCUUUUAAAGCGUUAUGAAUUACUAUUUUAUUCACCACACCAAGGACAAUAUAAGUGUUGAGUGAAUGAAAUAGUUUCAAACAAUUUAAGGCUAUGCAUGAAUUUGUUAGUUCACUGUUGAUACUUGGCUGUACAGAAGAGGAUGAAGUUGGGUUUUGUAGAAAAGAGUUGAAAUUGGCACAGUUGAAAAGAGUUGAAAUUGGCACAGCCUACUAAGAUACAAGGUAUAGGUGCUAGCAUGCAUGAUUAGAAUUGUGUUCCAGCAGUGGUGCCAAUCUAGUAAUGUGAAACAAUUAUCAGAGUCUAGGCCGAAAGGAUUAAAGUCAGGAAAUCGGCCCUCAGAGGAAGCCGCAAGUAGACUGAUAAUGUAAGUAAAGCAGGAUUUCGUUUAGAAACAAAAUACCAGUAUCAGAGAGAUUGCUUCAUACUAUGGCUCAAGCCUAGAGCAUACUCAGAAGUUUAGGAUAAUAAGCAGGGCAUCCAACAGUUCAAAUCAUGCCAUGCCAACUAAUGGAUUCUUGGAAAGUCAUGAUCUAGAGUGUGUUACUUACCCAGGGUUGCUUAAUAGUGCCUACCAAAGUGCCUUUGCUAUGAGUAUUGGCAUCAUAUGGUAGAUGUUUGAUUCUUGCUCUCAGCGUUAUUCUAUAUGUGCAAGCUCGUAUGAAUGACAGACAUUGGUAAAAAUCUAUCAUCUUUUCAAUUUGUCCUGUAAGCAGAAUAACAAUUUAUUUUUGCCUGUGGCAACAUUCAUAAAUCAAAUUGUGUCAUCAAGCAGUUAUCCACUUUUUAGUUUAAUCUUUUGUCAGUUCCUCUAUUCUGACCUUCUGGUGUCCAAUUUUUGAGUUCAUGAAGCAAACCUAGUAACUAUAUUUUGAAUGUCUAAUCCAAGAAGCUGAGAUGGUUCCAGUACUAGCUAUGAAGCACCAAGCAUUUUCAAAAUCACCAUUUUCAAAUACGGUGGCAAAAAAGAACCCUCUCUGGUGUAGCUAAGUCCAUAGCAAUUUAGCUUUAGAUGUUUAUUAGCAAUUGGAAAUCCAGCUGUUACGCAAAUAUUACUUUUAAUUAUCAAAUAUUUAUGGGUUAGAAUCAUAGUGGUAGAGGAGUCCAUCUCUCUGUUCUUCAUAUUUCUCUGAAAAUUAAAAGACACUUUGCCAAGGGCUUAUGUUCAAGAUAAAGUACAGUACCGAUUGACUAGGUGUUGGUUCUUACUCAGAAUAAUCAGACAUGGUGUAAUAUAUACAUGAUCAAAGGUGAUAAGUGUUCAAAACACUUGGUUUCAGUAAUGUGGUAAUCUUGCAACAUAGGCUAAUAUUCAUAUAUUACAACUGUAGCUCUGAGGUGAAGCAAGAGCCAAGGAGUGAAUUCAUGGCUGAGGUGACAAACAACUGUGAUCUGGCAGCUUGCCGCUCACCACUUCAGGCAACUCACUUUCCAUUUGAAUCCUGUUCAAACCAGAAUCUAUUUUCAAAUGUUUUCUCUUCUAGAAAAGAAUACUGCAUUGCAGCAACCAUAACUUAAAAGUGUAAUGGGAUGGUGGCAAGAGGACUUUUACCUAACCUCUGAUACCAUCCUUCAUGGAAGAAACUGCCCAAGCAUUGUCUAUAUUCAAGGUGUUUGGUAUUCUGAACCUCAUCAGUGAAGAAGCACCAGCUUCCACGCUGGGGGGCAUUGGUUUGCAUAGCUCUGUAUUUUUACCACCUUUUCAGCAACUUUAGCCCUGCCUUCAAAGUUCACAUCCCCUGUUAGUGUAUGUCAGUUAAGUCCAGUUUGAUACGAUGUAAGUGGUUGCACUGGCUCCACCAGUUGCAUUGGUGAGCUGUCAAAUCAUCAUUAUUAUUAAGUUUGUGCGUGGGUGAGAGAGAAAUCUGACCUGAUCUUUCUUUCUUUCUAUUUACCGGUAGAAGAAUCCGUUUAUGUACUCGAUUGUACAUUGAUGUUUUUCAUUGAGAGGUGCUCAAUUGCUACAUCAAACUUUAAAUUUGGGGAAGCAGGCUACACCAUGGUGUUGUGCCCCCCCCCGCUCUGUCCCCCUCAUAAGGGACACACCGCCAUAGCAGUUCAGGCAACCGACACUCGUGCUGUCCUGCCCCCUCGGUAUUUUAAUUCUGAUGCCGCAGCUUGAAGACGUGGGGAGGGGAGACACUAUUCAUAACAAGGCCCUGUAAAAUGGCAGUCGUUGUGCCUCCUGAGCUUCCGUAGCCCGUCAGAUUCGGAAGAAGUUGAAUUCCUUCCAGUUUACAGUACAGUAUCUCGUUGAUUAUUCCCCCGUCCUCAGUCCACCUCCCUCCCCCGCGAGAUAGAGACGAACUAAGCUUCUCUCUUUCUGACCAAUAGGAGCAGCUGGUUGGUCCCGCCUCCUGAAAGGUGCGCAACAAGAGAAAGUGGACGCGCUGCAUACUUGGGGACAAUGAGUACAAAUUAGUGCCCGCCGUUGCACCGCUCCUCAUGAGUGAUAACCGCUUAGACCCAAUGACCUCUUGGAAAUCUCUAGCCGGUGCUGUUAUUCGCUGACGGAACAUGAUUGGCACUUGCAAUUGCCUUAUAGCUUAACCGAAGUGGUUCUGAUCGAUGC